AUGGUGAACGUCAAGUCAUACACAGAAAGGGCCGAUGCGAGCCUGUCACCUGUGACUCGGCAAUUGUUUAAGCUAAUGGAUGAAAAAAAGUCCAACUUGUGUGCCUCGAUCGACGUUAGAACAACAGAAGAAUUCUUAGACUUGGUUGAUAAACUAGGACCCUUUAUUUGUUUAGUCAAGUCUCACAUUGAUAUCAUAAAUGAUUUCUCAUACGAAAAAACAAUUGUUCCUUUACUUGAGCUUGCUAAGAAGCACAAAUUUAUGAUAUUUGAAGACAGAAAGUUUGCCGAUAUUGGAAACACAGUGAAAGCACAAUAUACUGGCGGUGUAUACAAGAUUGCACAUUGGUCAGAUAUCACUAAUGCUCAUGGUGUUACUGGAGAAGGAGUUGUUAAGGGAUUAAAAGAAGGGGCUAAAGAAGUCACUGAUAAACCGCGAGGUUUGUUAAUGUUGGCUGAGCUUUCAUCAAAGGGCUCUCUUGCUUAUGGAGAGUACUCUGAAAAAACAGUAGAAAUCGCCAAGUCGGACAAGGAGUUUGUAAUGGGUUUCAUAGCUCAGAGAGAUAUGGGAGGUAGAGAGGAAGGGUUCGAUUGGGUUAUAAUGACUCCAGGCGUUGGCUUGGAUGACAAAGGAGAUAGCUUGGGCCAGCAGUACAGAACUGUUGAUGAGGUCAUUUCAACAGGAACAGAUAUCAUCAUUGUGGGGAGGGGGUUGUUUGGAAAAGGAAGAGAUCCACUAGUUGAAGGUGAAAGGUACCGACAAGCUGGAUGGAGUGCGUACCUACAACGAAUUGGUCAGAGUUCCAAAAAUCUAUAA